CUGGUCGUCAUGGCGGAGGGACGUGGAGAGCUACCGCCUCAGCCGCCACUUCAUCUAUCUUUACCCCCGGCUAGCAAGCGACCGUGCUUGCGCCCUGCUCCCCGAGGCCCGGGUCCGGGGCCUGGGCCGGGUUUUUCGAACUCUCGGUUGCACUGCCCGGAAUCCCUUUUGGACUGUGCCGCUAAGGCCGUAGCGGAGAAAUGGGCCUUCGAGAGGGUGGAGGAGCGCUUCGAGCGGAUCCCGGAGCCAGUGCAGCGCCGCAUCGUGUACUGGUCCUUCCCGAGGAACGAAAGGGAAAUCUGCAUGUAUUCAUCAUUUCAGUGCCGUGGAGCGGGCGAGGAGGGUCCCGUGAUGGGCUCAGGAGCUCCCGUUGGAUCUGGGGCUGUCCCCGGUGGAGUAUCCAACGCUGUAGGAAAUUCAGGGGCAGGGGGCACCGGAGAUGGACUGCCUUUCCGCAGGGGAAUCCGGCUUUUGGAGAGCGGUUGUGUGGAAAAUGUAUUGCAAGUCGGCUUCCACCUGAGCGGCACGGUGACGGAGCCGGCCUCCCAGCCGGAGCCCGAGGUCACGCACAAGGUGGCCAUCAGCUUCGACCGCUGCAAGAUCACGUCGGUGACGUGCGGCUGCGGGAACCGCGACAUCUUCUACUGCGCCCACGUGGUGGCGCUGUCGCUCUACCGCAUCCGCAAGCCCGAGCAGGUCAAGCUGCGGCUGCCCAUCUCCGAGACGCUCUUCCAGAUGAACCGCGACCAGCUGCAGAAGUUCGUGCAGUACCUCAUCACCGCCCACCACACCGAGGUGCUGCCCACCGCCCAGAAACUGGCCGACGAGAUCCUGUCCUCCAACUCCGAGAUCAACCAGGUCCACGGGGCCCCGGACCCCACGGCAGGGGCCAGUAUCGACGACGAUAACUGCUGGCACCUGGAUGAGGAGCAGGUCAGGGAGCAGGUGAAGCAGUUCCUGUCCCAGGGCGGGUACUAUGGCUCCGGGAAGCAGCUCAACUCCAUGUUCGCCAAGGUGCGGGAGAUGCUGCGCAUGCGCGAUUCAAACGGCGCGCGGAUGCUGACCCUCAUCACGGAGCAGUUCAUGGCCGACCCGCGCCUCUCCCUGUGGAGGCAGCAGGGCACGGGCAUGACCGACAAGUGCAGGCAGCUGUGGGACGAGCUGGGUGCAUUGUGGGUGUGCAUCGUGCUGAACCCGCACUGCAAGAGCGAGGAGAAGAGCGGCUGGCUGCGGCAGCUCAAGAAGUGGAGCGACAUGGACGUGUGCCCCCUGGAGGACGGGAACUACGGGAGCGAGCUGCCCAACAUCACCAACGCCCUGCCCCAGAGCAACCUCAACCAGGACUCUCUGGCGCGGCCCCGGAGGACGGUGUUCACGCGGGCCAUGGAGGCCUGCGACCUGCACUGGCAGGACAGCCACCUGCAGAGGAUCAUCAGCAGCGACUUCUACAUGUCCCCGUCCUACCAGAGGGAGGGGGAGAGCCUGCUGUUCAACCCCCAGGGGCUGCCACUGUGGCUGGACCACGUACCGACCGCGUGCGCGCGGGUGGACGCCCUGCGUUCCCACGGUUACCCCCGCGAGGCGCUGCGCCUGGCCGUCGCCAUCAUCAACACCCUGCGGCUGCAGCAGCAGCGCCAGCUGGACAUCUACAAGCACCAGAAGAAAGAGCUGUUGCAGAGGGGCGUGACUACGACCACCAAUCUGGAGGGCUGGGUGGGCCAUCCCCUGGACCCCAUUGGCUGCCUGUUCGGCACCCUGACCGAGACCUGUCGCGUGGACGACGACAACGCCAUGGACACCGGAGAUUCCGGGGAGCCCAAGCCGCCGGUGUACCACCACGUGCCGGUGUGGGGCAGCCCCGACGGCGGGGAGUCCUACCUGGCGCUGGCGCUGGAGGUGGCGCUCAUGGGCAUGGGGCAGCAGCGGGUGAUGCCCGAGGGCCUGUACGCCCAGGACAAGGUGUGCCGGAACGAGGAGCAGAUCAUCGCCCGGCUGCAGGAGAUGGAGCUGGACGACCUGCUGGUUCAGGCGCUGCGCAAACAGGCCAUCCUGCUGCUGGAAGGAGGUCCAUUCAGCGGGCUGGGUGAGAUCAUUCACAGAGAGAGCGUCCCCAUGCACACCUUUGCCAAGUACCUGUUCUCCGCCCUGUUGCCCCACGACACCGACCUGGCCUACAAGCUGGCCCUGCGAGCUAUGCGGCUACCCGUGCUGGAGUCCACGGCCCCUUCGGGCGACGUGGGCCACCCCCACCACGGCAUCUCCAUGGUCCCCAGCCGCUACCCCCGCUGGUUCACUCUGGGCCACCUGGAGUCCCAGCAGUGUGAGCUGGCCUCCACCAUGCUCACCGCCGCUAAAGGUGACAUGUUGAGACUGAGGACGGUCCUGGAGGCCAUCCAGAAGAACAUCCACUCCUCCUCGCUCAUCUUCAAGCUGGCCCAGGACGCCUUCAAGAUCGCCACGCCUGCCGACAGUCCGCCCGACAUCACGCUGCUCAACGUGGCUCUGGAGCUGGGCCUGCAGGUGAUGCGCAUGACUCUCUCCACUCUCAACUGGAGACGCAGGGAGAUGGUGCGCUGGCUGGUCACCUGCGCCACCGAAGUCGGCCUGCGAGCUCUGGUGAGCAUCCUCCAGGGCUGGUACACCCUCUUCACCCCCACCGAGGCCACCAGCAUCGUGGCGGCCACGGUCAUGUCCCACAACACCAUCCUGCGGCUGAGCCUGGACUACCCGCAGCGGGAGGAGCUGGCCAGCUGCGCGCGGACGCUGGCCCUGCAGUGCGCCAUGAAGGACCCUCAGAACUGCGCCCUGUCGGCGCUCACCCUCUGCGAGAAGGACCACAUCGCCUUCGAGACGGCCUACCAGAUCGUCAUCGACGCGGCGUCCACCGGCAUGACGUACUCGCAGCUGUUCACCAUCGCCCGCUACAUGGAGCACCGCGGCUACCCGCUGCGCGCCUUCAAGCUGGCCUCGCUGGCCAUGACGCACCUCAACCUGGCCUACAACCAGGACACGCACCCGGCCAUCAACGACGUGCUGUGGGCCUGCGCGCUCAGCCACUCGCUGGGCAAGAACGAGCUGGCCGCCAUCAUCCCCCUGGUGGUGAAGAGCGUGCACUGCGCCACGGUGCUGUCGGACAUCUUGCGCCGCUGCACCAUGACGGCGCCCGGCCUGGCCGGCAUCCCCGGCCGGCGGAACUCGGGCAAGCUCAUGUCCACGGACAAGGCGCCGCUCCGGCAGCUCCUGGACGCCACCAUCAGCGCCUACAUCAACACCACCCACUCGCGGCUCACCCACAUCAGCCCGCGGCACUACGGCGAGUUCAUCGAGUUCCUCAGCAAGGCGCGCGAGACCUUCCUGCUGGCGCAAGACGGACACAUACAGUUCGCCCAGUUCAUCGACAACCUCAAACAGAUUUACAAGGGCAAGAAGAAACUGAUGAUGUUGGUGCGCGAGCGCUUCGGCUGACACCCUCCCCCCCCCACGCCCGUCGCUUGGCAAGGGGGGGUUGUGGGCGGGGACGGCCUCCAGGGGAUUAUUAUUAUUAUUAUCCUGACUUUUUUUCGUUUUUGUUUUUCUUUGUGAUUUUCUUCGAGUAAAACCACCGUUCACAACG